AUGGCAGACACCGCUGCUGAAAAUCCUCCUAUUCCGCCAGCUGACCUUUCGAAGAUAACCUUCGAGUCGACGCAGAACCGCAGGCGGAUCAUCGCGUCGUACUGGCUGAUCGUCAUACUCGCGCUACCGCUGUGGUGGAAGACCACCAGCAUUGACCGAUUGUCGCUACCGGACGGUAGAGCUCGUGCAUUAACGGAGAAACACCUGUCAUUCCCAGUCCAUGUCAAGCUGGAAGCUGGUCAAGAACAACACACCCGUAUCCUUGGCGAAGAGCUGACGAGAUGGACUAAUCAUGCCGCCCAAACUAGCGGACUUAUUGUGAAAAUCGAGCGCGGGUCCCGACCGGGGAGCUACAGUGUGGUCGUAGAAGAUGGAGAAGACGUAAAAGUGGAUGGAAGGACGCUGCAUCUAGGGACCGGCGAUCGGCAUGCUGAUGCAGCCCAACGCGUGGCAGAAACGGUCACCAAUUUGCUCGCGCCACAUGCAUCACUAACUGCAAGCGAAGAGCAUAGAACAGUCAAGUACUCGUCUCGGUACAGACUGGCCUUCACGCUCUUGAAUGAGGACGCCUCGUCCGGACAAGCCGCACUCUCAUGGGACGUCCGCGAGGCGUUAGAAGCAUAUCUGCAUGGGACGUUCGAUCGACUUUCCAUUCUUCAUAACUUCACCAUCGAAAGUCAAGUGCAAUAUCAUGCACCCCUCGCGUUCCAGCCUCGACCCGUCAAAGUCGCUGGACAGGAUGCUCAUGGACUCACGCCGGAAGACCUGACCGUCUUCGUCAACUCAGCAGAAUGGACACUAGCAUCAAGCUCUUCGAACGAUCCAGUGCUGCACUUCGUACUGUUUGUACCAUCCUCAAGUAAUGCACCAUUCUCUGACAAGACUGUAGGACAUUCAGCGUCUUCCAACGCGUUCAUCCUCCCCCAAUGGGGCGGUAUCGUUUUGCUGAGCAACCCACCCGGUCAUCUUGCCGUCUCGGCUCUCGAGAAGACGUUCCAGACGUUCCAGCGCCAGCUUUUAACCUUGUUGGGUGUCCCCGACCUUCCGCCUGGCGUUCGGUCAGCUCAAGCCGAAGCAUUCACAGAAUGGCAGUUGGAUGCACUAGUUCGCCAACGAGCUCGGCAAAAUUUUGAAAACAGCAAAGAGACAUUGAAUAGUAUUGUAAAACUCGUCCAUCAAAUCGAAAACAUGCCCGUCGGUCAAGAUGUGAAGGGCGAUGUUCAGGACGCUCUGAUCGCUCUAGACGCCGCUCUAGAAGCAGCGCCCUCGUCGUCUACGCAAGCGCUGCAGCACUCGGCCGAUGCUCUCACCCUGUCCUCACGUGCAUUCUUCAACCCGGGAAUGCUCGCGUUGCUCUACUUCCCGGCGGAGCACAAGUAUGCCGUGUAUACUCCUCUGUUCGCGUCUGUUGCAGCUCCACUCAUUGCCGCUAUCGUGCGCGAGCUGAUCGCUUGGCGGAAGGCUCGCAGGGCUGCUCGACAGCCUGAGAAGCGAGCGCGGGCAGAUUGA